AUGUAUAUCAACUAUGUUCUAGUGUAUUCCUGUGUAUUUGGACUCAUCUUACUGACUGGAUUUAGUGCAAAUGCUUUGGCUCUUGUUCUCUCAAUCAAAUACAGUUCUUUGAAGAAAAAUCAACUGGAUGUUCUUCUCCUGAGCAUGGUUGUGGCAGACUUGCUUACACUUGUCCUGAUGCCCUUCGUGCUGGCUUCAGUCAUCCACUACACAUGGCUUUGGGGAGAUGCAUUCUGCAAGUUUUUCCAGUUCUGUUCAGCUUUCUCUUUGGCUGCCAGCAUCUAUUCUCUAUGUGCCGUCUCCAUUGCUAGAGCACGAAUAAUCUUGAGACCUUACAAGACUCCGAAGACCACCAUUGCAAUCUUCAUGCUCAUCUUGGUUUGGGUGCUGAGUGCAGUGAUCAGUUUACCUCUGAGAAUCCAUGCCACAAUGGAAACAAGAUUCUCCACCAAUCUAUCCUUCUGCUUGCCUACUCUGUACCAGCAACAUUAUCAAGUAAUCCUGAGUCAGUUCAUCCUAUAUUAUCUCAUCCCAGUCUUAGUGAUUGCAUCCAACUACGUCCAACUCAUUCUUUUUCUUCAAAAAAGCCCCAUGAUGUCAGUGCUGAGUUCUAGAAACACGCGAAGAGCCUCCAUAAUGAUCUGCAUUGCCACUGCCACCUUCUCAGUCUGCUGGCUACCUUUGUAUAUCUUAGAAUUAUGCAUCUAUUUAAGAAUCUAUCAUCAUGGCUAUAUUUGGGACUCCUUCUAUUUUGUCUGCAAUAUCCUUCAGUAUCUUCACCCAUGUGUUAAUCCUGUGCUGUAUGUGUUAUUGUCCAAGCGAUACAGAAACCAGAAGAGGAAACUAUUAUGUUGCAAAAAAAGCAGAGUGCACCCUCAGAUCCACAGUAUCAUGGAAUCCAGAGAGGGAGUGUACACCUGA